AUGUCCACGAAUAAAGAGCCCAGUGAUCAAGGAACUUCGACAGAAAUCGAAGCGAAACAUCCACUUCAAAAUAGAUGGGCGUUGUGGUAUUUGAAGACGGAAAAAGACAAGGAUUGGGAAGACUGCUUGAAGGUAACAUUAAUUGCAAAAUGCUGGGGCGAAGUGUGAUAUUUUUGCAGAUGCUUGCACUUUUCGACACAGUUGAAGAUUUUUGGGCUCUCCAGAACCACAUUCAAUCAGCUGGUGAACUUCCACGUGGUUCCGAUUAUUAUAUGUUCAAAGAGGGAAUCAGACCAAUGUGGGAAGAUGUAAAUAAUGUUCAAGGUGGUCGUUGGAUAAUCAAGAAAAGAAUCAGUAAAACAAUACAUGUUAAAAAACGAGUGAUUGUUACGAAAGGAGAGCCGCCUGAGACAAGAAAAAAGAAUCUCGAUCAUCUUUGGCUCGAAUUAUUGCUAGCUAUUGUUGGCGAACAAUUUGAGGAUUAUGGCGAAUUUAUUUGUGGAGCUGCUUUGAAUGUUCGUGGAAAAGGGGAUAAAGUAUCGUUGUGGACACGGGAUGCAACUAAAGAUGAUGUGAAUCUUCGGAUUGGACAAAUUAUGAAGGAGAAACUUUCGAUUCCUGAUUCGGACACUUUGAUGUAUGGUUUGAAAAAUAUUUUGAAAAAUACAAAUUUUAUGAAAAUCAACAUUUAAAUUGAGCUAUGUCAUCCUUUUGAAAAUUUUCAUUUUUUGCAGAUAUGCAGUCAACAAAGACUCAUCAAUCCGAACUUCUUCCGUUGUCAAACCACGCAUUUCCAUUCCAGCCAAAGAAGUUGGCAAGGAUGGAAUUACGAAUUCACCAACAUCAGAUCAAUAA